CUGGAUCCCCAAACCGGAAGUGAGUCACACAUUCACCGCAAGCCAUUCACUCCUGCAACAGGCAAGCUCUCUCUGUCUCCUUACUCACAGACAUGGCUGUGCGACAACCGGCGAGGCUAGUGGACGGGAUGCCCAUUCUAGGGCCGUUUGCAGAAAACUGGGAAAAUGUAAAGAAGUUCAAAGUCAGACCAGAUGACCUGCUGAUCGCUACUUACCCUAAAUCUGGGACCACUUGGAUGAGCGAGAUUGUGGAUCUUGUCAUGAAUGAAGGAGACAAUGAGAGGACUAAGAGAGGUGCCAUCCAUGAUCGAGUGCCGUUCCUGGAGUUUGCUGUGCCACAAAUACCAACAGGCACCGAGACACUGGAUGCAAGCGAAUCACCUCGUGUGAUCAAAACCCACCUCCCUGUUCACCUCCUGCCCAAGGAAUUCUGGGAAAAAAACUGCAAGAUGAUAUACGCGGCUCGCAAUGGGAAAGAUGUGCUUGUAUCAUAUUAUCAUUUCUAUCGCAUGGCAAUAGUGCACCCAGAGCCCGGAACAUGGGAAGAAUUUUUCGACACAUUCCUGGAGGGACAAGUUGCUUUUGGCUCAUGGGCUGCCCAUGUGAAGGGUUGGUGGCAGAUCAGAAAUCAGAGAAACAUCUUAUAUCUGUUCUAUGAAGAUUUAUUGGAGGACCCAAAACGUGAGAUACGUAAAGUGGUUAAGUACCUUGGGAAGAAGCUACCAGAAGAAGUGAUUGAGAAGAUCAGUCAGCAAACAUCAUUCCAGGCCAUGAAGGAAAAUAAGUUGACCAACUACACAACCAUCCCAACCAAUGUUAUGGACCAUUCUGUCUCACCCUUCAUGAGAAAAGGAGUCUGCGGUGAUUGGAAAAACCAACUAACAGUUGCACAGAAUGAGGCGUUUGAUGCGUAUUAUGAGCGUGAGAUGUCUGACAGUGAUUUAACCUUCAGGUUCCAGAGCUGAUGCAGUCUGUAAAGCCCAGACAUCUGUCCAAACCUUUUCCAAACACUGCUGUUCUGCCUCGACCCUCCAACAACAUUGGAAUUAUUUUUUACUUCCAGAUCUCUGAGAAUUCCGUAUUUCUCAUUUCACUCAGACUUAUCUAUAACUAUGCUCUUUGUGUCAACUUCUCUGCUAUCUGGCACAAAAUCUACAAAUUGCUGAAU